GCGACGUUACCAUGAACCUCUUCCUCGCGCUAGCAGAGGAUCCCGCCGACUGUGCCCACCUCAAGAGAGCAGCACGCGACCAGCAGCCCGUAAGCCCAAGAGUCACCGCUCCGCCGCACGCACCAUGCCCGGGGGAAAGAGAGGGCUUGUGGCGCCACAGAAUACUUUCUUGGAAAAUAUCGUCAGACGCUCAAGUGAAACGAGUUUCUUGCUUGGGAACGCGCAGAUUGUGGAAUGGCCGGUGGUGUACAGUAACGAUGGCUUCUGCAAGCUCUCCGGAUACCACAGAGCAGAGGUCAUGCAGAAAAGCAGCACUUGCAGUUUCAUGUAUGGGGAACUAACAGAUAAAAAGACCAUCGAUAAAGUGCGACAAACAUUUGACAGCUAUGAGUCCAACUCCUUUGAACUGCUGCUGUACAAAAAGAACAGAACUCCUGUGUGGUUCUAUAUGCAGAUUGCGCCCAUCCGUAAUGAGAAUGACAGGGUGGUUCUGUUCCUCUGCACCUUUAAAGACAUCACCGUCUUCAAACAGCCCAUCGAGGAUGACAGUACCCGGGGCUGGACUAAGUUUGCCCGUCUGACCCGGGCUUUGACCAGCAGCAGGACCACCCUGCAGCAGCUCACACCCCUGAACAAAACAGAUGUCACCUCACACAAGCCCUCCAGACUGGCAGAGGUUCUGCAGCUGGGCUCAGAUAUCCUCCCCCAGUAUAAACAAGAGGCCCCUAAGACCCCACCCCACAUCAUCCUUCACUACUGCACCUUUAAGACCACCUGGGACUGGGUGAUUCUCAUCCUCACCUUCUACACUGCCAUCAUGGUACCCUACAAUGUGUCCUUCAAAACCAAGCAAAACAACGUCACGUGGCUGGUUCUGGACAGCGUGGUUGACGUCAUCUUCCUCGUGGACAUUGUGCUGAACUUCCACACCACGUUUGUGGGGCCUGGUGGUGAGGUUAUCUCUGAUCCCAAACUCAUACGAAUGAACUACCUGAAAACCUGGUUCGUCAUCGACCUGCUCUCCUGUCUGCCCUACGACAUCAUCAACGCCUUCGAGAAUGUGGAUGAGGGAAUCAGUAGUCUGUUCAGCUCUCUCAAAGUGGUACGCCUGCUGCGUUUGGGGCGUGUGGCCCGCAAACUGGACCACUACCUGGAGUAUGGGGCAGCCGUACUGGUUUUACUGGUAUGUGUUUUUGGCCUGGUGGCCCACUGGCUCGCUUGCAUUUGGUACAGCAUCGGAGAUUAUGAGGUCAUUGAUGAGCUUACGAACACCAUUAAGACCGACAGCUGGCUGUACCAGUUAGCAACCAGCAUCGGAUCCCCGUACCGGUACAACGUGAGUGGAUCUGGUCAGUGGGAGGGCGGGCCAGGCAAACACUCUCUCUACAUCACAUCACUGUACUUCACCAUGACCAGUCUAACCACCAUUGGCUUCGGCAACAUCGCCCCCACCACGGAUGGAGAGAAAAUCUUCUCCGUGGCCAUGAUGAUGGUGGGAUCUCUCUUGUACGCCACCAUCUUUGGCAACGUGACGACCAUAUUCCAGCAGAUGUAUGCCAACACCAACCGCUACCAUGAGAUGCUGAACAACGUGCGAGACUUCCUCAGACUCUAUCAGGUGCCCAAGGGCCUGAGUGAGAGGGUCAUGGACUAUAUCGUCUCUACCUGGGCCAUGACCAAGGGCAUUGACACAGAGAAGGUGCUGUCCAUCUGCCCUAAGGACAUGCGGGCGGACAUCUGUGUCCACCUCAAUAGGAAGGUCUUCAAUGAGCACCCGGCAUUCCGAUUGGCCAGUGACGGCUGCUUGCGCUCACUCGCAGUGGAGUUCCAGACCAUCCACUCUGCCCCCGGUGACCUCAUCUUCCAUGCUGGUGAGAGUGUGGACACCCUGUGCUUUGUGGUGUCAGGAUCACUUGAGGUCAUCCAAGAUGAUGAGGUCAUUGCUAUAUUAGGUAAAGGAGAUGUAUUUGGAGAUGUGUUCUGGAAGGAGACAACACUAGCUCAUGCAUGUGCCAAUGUACGUGCGCUUACCUACUGUGACCUGCACAUCAUAAAGAGAGAGGCACUACUCAAAGUACUGGACUUCUACACAGCUUUCGCCAGCUCCUUCUCUCGAAACCUAAUCCUCACCUGCAACCUACGCAAACGGAUCAAAUUUCGAAAGAUCAGUGACGUGAAGAAGGAAGAGGAGGAGAGACAGCGAUCCAAAAAUGAUGUCCAAAUCACCAUCCCUGCCGACCACCCGGUCAGAAAACUCUUCCAGAAGUUCAAGCAGCAGAGGGAGCUCCGGAACCAGGGUGCCACCACACAACUGGACCUAGAAAAGAACCAGUUCCAGGUUGAGCAGCACCAACCUCAACAUCAUCUGCAUGCUCAAGGCCUCCAGAAACACUUGCACACUGCCAUUGUGCAGCAGAACACACAGCUCUCAGGUCAAAAUGGCUUGGCCAGCACAGUGAGCUGCAGCAGCAUGGUAACCAUAUCCCAGAUCACAUCCAUUAACAACUCUCUGGCCUGCACCAAGACUGGUGACACCUUCAAACAGAACAACCAGGAGGUGGGGGAGUUGAAGCCUAACACGAGCCCUGUUCCAAUGAGUGACUCAGCACAGGUAAAGGUGAGUAAUGCGGCACGUGCCAACCCUACUGGCGUGGGGCGGGGAUGGUCACGACUCAAGAAAAACUUGGGAACUUCCCCAUCUCCGCCGGUGGAGGAGCGGAGGAAAGGGCCGCUGAACAACAAGGCCUCAUCGGCAGAGCGCCUCUCCCCAGAGGUCAGACUGCACACGGAUGGGGUGGGCCAAGCAGACAGGUUCCUGGAAGGAGAGAGUGUAUCUAGGAAAAACUCCCUACGGAAAACAGAUUCCUGGGAUAGUGGCCUGACUCAGAGCGAUCAGAGGCUGGACCGGUUUGGGGAGGCCUACAGCCCCGUGCCUGGGGGAGGAGGUGGAGGUCGGGAGGUGCUGUCUCAGGAGCACUUCUACCUUGGGCAGGAGCACUCAUUUCAGGCCGUCCUGCAGGAGGCCAAGCUGGAGCUUCGCGGGGAGAUCCAGGCCCUGAGCGUCCGCAUGGCUACCCUGGAGGACCAGGUGGGCCAGAUUCUGAGGUUGCUUUCAGAGAAGAGAGCAUCUCCUGACCAGAUCUCUACCCCCAAAAUGCAAAGACUCAGACUUAAAUCCAGCGAUGUCUUCACUGUGUCCACCCCAGGUACACCUGACUCUGACCAGGACAUUGGGUCCCUGUGAGAAAACAAAAAACAUGCUCUCUUAAGUGACAAACCACUUAGACAAAACAGUUCUGUUUUACUUCUGUUAUACAAGCAGUGAAACUGAAACAGAGAUUAGAACUGAAAAUAUUUUAAGUUGUCGUUCAUGGGGUAUUUAAAGAGGUGUUGAUCUCUUGAACUCUGUGUGCUGCUGAAACUUUUACAUAUCUGACAUGUCUCCCUUAAAGGGAGUUUAACUAAGCUUAUUUUAAUAUAAACAAUUUGUUUUGGUAAAUAUUUGCAUGUCCAGCUGGAUUCUGGUCUGCCAAAGAGGACUUUAGUAUUUAUGACCAUUUCUUGCAUGUACAUCCUGUAGCUGACAGCAUGUAAGCUUAUAAGAACUACUGAGAUCACUUUUGACCUUCGCCCUGUACAUAGAAACUUGCUUUUAUCGCAUUUACUCACAAUAAGAAAAAAAAACAGGUUUUUGAGUAAAAGUAGCAGCAUGUUCUGACAAGUCUGGUUCCAUGAGGCACAGCACCAAAUGAAUUCAGAAGACUAACUUCACUGGUUCCAUUAUAUUAAUGCAAAGAGGGUGGUAUUAAUCACUGGAUUCUUUUUACCAGUUAGGAUUUAACGGUUCUGUGAGAGCAUGAUCUCUGUAUGAGAAUGAGACUUUCAAUAGUCACAAGCUUUUUAAUAUUUAAAUGUAAAAGCAAUAUUAUUACACCGUCUCUGUGCAAGACCAAUGUAUAUCACUCGAGAGGCCUUUGCAAGAAAACACUAACUUUCCCAGUUUAUUU